AAAUGUUCAAUCCAAUCCAGAAUCCACUCGCAUUGUUUUGUUUUGUACAUUUCGUAAUCGUUAUUGUUUAGGCGACGGCCGUCAAAGCGAAAAGUCGUUCGCAGCUCUCCGUAUGACCCCGUUUUAGAAAAAGGGCCCGUUUCGGGUCAAUCCAAAGUGUUUCCUCUUUAAACAGAGUGCGACAGACGACAAGGAGCCCCUCAGGCACUUCCGUCGUGUGCAAUGUCGUCUGCCAAACUGAGGGAGCAGGUAGAGGCCUAUUUCCGCGGCCUCAACUAUCAGUCUUCGAGGGUCAUGACUGAUCUGUCGCUCGUCAGAGCACAACACCCGGACGACUGGGACCGCCUUCCCGAAGAGAGCAGGGGCCGGAUCGUCUGGGAGAAGCUCGUGCGUCCGCAGGUCGGUGACAAGUACGACUCGUGUUCUCGGCAGUGCGCCGAGGUCAGGGUGUUUCCCGUGAUCGGCCUGAAGACGGGCGAAAAAGUAGUCACCGACGAAGAUGCGACAAACAACGCCCACUCCAAAAAAAUAGGGUCGUGGAGAGAUGAACACUCGGCACCUUUUAGCUGGGAGACGCAGAGCCAGCUGAACGUCCGCAUCUCUCAAUCCGUGGACGAAGUCGACCGUCCCGAAUCCAAAGCCGAGCCCCCCAUCGAGCCAAAGAUUGAUCCACCAAAGGCUGCGGAGUCCAGCGUGGCAGAGUCAAGGGUUCCCGGACCCAAGGCGGCGGAAACGAAAGCCGCGGAUGUGCCCAAGAUUGCACCGGAGCACAAGGUUGUUGACGCGAGGCCAGCCGAGGCCAGAGUGGCCAACGUUGACGUCACGAAAGUUAAUGAACCGAGGGCCCUGGAGUGCCGGCUGCCUCAGACGUCCAAGUCCCAGGAGUCGAUGAGCUCGGUAGCUUCGAGGGGUUCUUCGAACCCUCCAACUCCCAGUGAGCGUAAAGGGGGCCGCCGCAGGGCCCCCACGCCCCCCAAGGCUCCGCCCCCUGAUCCCCCGAGGCCGAAGAUGGCGCCGCCACACCCUCCGGCAGCUGCCGUCGUGGUACCAGCGCCAGCUGUGAAAACCUUGCCAGAGGUUCCGAAGAGGCACCCGUCGAGCAAGCCGCCGGCUCCACCCGUGCCCAAGGUUAAAGUCCAGGUCACCGAGGCUCCCCAGCCCACCGAUCGGGGAGCCGUGGCCAAGCCUCCGCCCCAGAAGCCGGCGCCCAAAGCGGACGAGAAGCCCGCCGGCGUCGUUCCGGCUAGGGAGCGACCCAACACGGUGCACAGUUCGGAAGUCGCGGGGAUUCCCAAGACUGGUUUCGACUUCCUUGACAACUGGUAACCCGAAACAAGGGCGGCACGCGACGACAGGCAGCCUCGCUUGCUCUACAAGCCUCCUUGGCUCGUCUGCGAACAAGAGGAGGGCGUUCUGAAUCUCAACAUGCACGCAAAUCCAUUUUUGACGCUUUGUCGUACCUAGUAGGGCCAGCGUUGUUCUCAGUUACGGUUACAUAUUACAUGUUUUACAAUUGAGCCUCAUUUUAAUGUUCUACCGCAUUUCUUCCUACAGUUGUUUGUGCUUUUCUUUUUUAAAGGAAAGAAUGUGACACUGAUAAGCUCACAUAUUUACACAAUGGUUAUUAUUACAAGUCAUGGCAAGCCAAACCAAACAAUAAUUCUUCCGUAUUGUCUAAUUUUUCUUUUAUAUAUUUUGUUGGUUACAUCAUUCUGUUACUACGAGUUGGAUUUGAAGUUUAUUUUCAUUCGCUCUAAACAAUUUAGUUCGAGCUGAAUGUGUAAAUUGUGCCUUUUGUGACUUUUUACCAAUCUACUGGUGAAACCUAGCUGGGCUUUUUGAUGUGAAAUCACAAUUUUUUCUAUGUAAAUUCUGCUUUAGACUAGUCAGAGCUUACUUGCUCGGUGAAUUUAAGCCUCGCAGCAAAACUUGAACCCUCCCUCCAGUACUAUUUUUCUAACUCGAGUGGUGCAGCUUUUGUCCUGGACUAAAUAUACCCAAGAGCGCUUUUUUCGAAACGUUUUUUUGUAUGUGUGCAGGAGCAUAAUAAAGCUUUAUGCUUUGAUAACAGA